AUGCCCGGCGCGGGUAACCUGAAUUCGGCUAAUACCGCCGCUACUCUACGAUUAGGCUUUGUUGGAAUUAGGCUUGCUCUCGUCGUGGGUGUUUGUGCGGGUGCUCCGUAUACACCGGAAAAGAAUCCAAAGGAAGUUAUACUUGGAGAUGUCAUAAUCAGUACCGGUGUUGUACAGACCGACUUUGGUCGAGAAUAUUCUGACCAAAUUAUUAUCAAGGACACUCUUGAAGACAACCUGGAACGACUCAAUGUGGAGACACGUUCUUUUCUUCAGAAGCUUUCUGGCAUACGGCCCGGAAUUCUUACCUCUUGCGGCUACUCGAGCAAGAAGGGUACGAAGCCUAUGGCUACCCUGGCGCAAAACAGGACACUUUAUACAAAUCAGAGUACCGGCAUAAACAUCAUGCGCCCAUCCAAUCUGAUGUCUGCUUGA